GAUUCAAUUUGCUCUCCUGAAGAACGGAUACUUCAACUGAAGCGGCGAUUGGAAACACUGGUCUAUGAGCAUGUUUCUCGAGCUCUCUUUAAGGCUGACAGAUUAACAUUCGCUUUGCAUCUGGUCCGUUGUCUUCGUCCAGAAACGAUAGAGGACAGAGAAUGGGCUUUCUUUGUUGGUAUCCUGGCCAACGACUUUCCUCAAUCUCAGAAUGAAGUUCCCUCAUGGAUUGAGCCUGACCGUUCAAAGGCGUAUUGCCUACUACAAUCCAAUCUGCCAAAGCUCCUCAGCCGGCUAAGUCUGGACGACGGGACCGGCGCCUCUGUCUGGAGGCAGUGGUUGGCCUCAGCCGACCUUCAGUUGGCCCCGCCUCAGUCGGUCGCCGUCGAGACAGAUUCACGACAAAGGCUGGCCGAAAGAGGAAAAACACGUGAGUGGGCCAAUGACAAGAGUCCGCCAGGGAGUGCGUUUCAACAGCUGCUGAUAGUACAAGCUCUGCGUCCUGAUCGUCUUUACAUGGCCAUGAUGAAUUUUGCAUGCCAGAACCUUGGUAAGAGAUAUGAAUGUUAG